UAUCCCUGGCUGGCUGUGCCUCUCAGCUGGGCCUGGCACCUGAGUUUCAGCGGGAGCAGCUGGUCAUUUCACCCACCCUACUGCUACCUGCACACAAGCGGGAAGAGGGGCAGGGGUAGAGGGUAUGCAGGGGGCGCUGGACAAACCGCAUCCGGUCCAUUUUUGGCUGGAGAUCCGACACAUUCCCCAUAGUUUACCAGGCCAUGACAAUGCAGCAAAAUCUUAGAGCUCAAAGUGGCCCUCCAUCCUCCGUUCCAGGGCUUUCUGACAGCCCUGAAGCCUCGAUUUCCCAGGCACCGAACUAAUUUGGGGAGUGUGGAUGUGUGGUCUGUUCAUCUUGUGCACAGAGGCUUGGCAGGGUAACUUCUCUGCCAAAUUCAGCGCAUGGGGGUGGGGUGGGGGGAGCUGGCAGGGACACAGGCUGCAGAGAUGCCCCAGCUUGCUGUGGUUCCGGGCACAGCUAGCCUCAGUCUGCAUUGAGCUCACAGCGGAUAGCAUGCGGGGAUUUUCUUAGCUGCUGAAGAUAUUAUUUUGACGUUGCUGUGGUUUGAGGCUACUUCUUCUGGGAUCUGCAGUGGUUCGAGUCUCCCUUGUUUUCCUUCUUUCUUUGAAAAGAUAACUAUGCUGUAUUCAGCAGAAGUGGAUAUAGGAAGAACAGCAUAGUUCAAAGAUAAGGGGUGGCUUCUUUUUUCCUGGAAUUUAAAAGACAAUUUAGGAGGGUAGGUGCCCUACCUGAAAAGGCCACCCCUUAAAAGACCCCAACAGUGUUGUGCUACAAGGCUUCUCAAGCAGGUGGCCAGAUCUGCAUUUCUCAACAGUGGGACUCCCUCCGGCUGUGGCUAUCACGGAAUUGAUGCGCAUACACGUGGUGGUUCAUUAUGCUGCUGCACCUGUGUAGUGUGAAGAAUCUGUACCAGAACAGGUUUUUGGGCCUGGCUGCCAUGGCUUCUCCAUCUAGAAAUUCACAGAGCCGACGCCGAUGCAAAGAGCCCCUCCGCUACAGCUAUAACCCGGACCAGUUCCACAACAUAGACAUCAGAAAUGGCGCCCAUGAUGGCAUCACCAUCCCUCGCUCCACCAGUGACACUGACUUGGUCACUUCAGACAGCCGCUCUACACUCAUGGUCAGCAGCUCCUACUAUUCCAUAGGGCACUCCCAGGAUUUGGUGAUCCACUGGGACAUCAAGGAAGAAGUGGAUGCUGGAGACUGGAUUGGCAUGUACCUUAUCGGAGAAGUCUCAUCUGAAAACUUUCUGGAUUAUAAGAAUCGUGGAGUCAAUGGUUCUCAUAGAGGCCAGAUCAUUUGGAAGAUUGACGCCAGCUCGUACUUUGUGGAGUCUGAAACGAAGAUCUGCUUCAAAUACUACCAUGGAGUGAGUGGAGCCCUUCGAGCUACAACCCCCAGUGUCACUGUGAAAAACUCAGCUGCUCCUAUUUUUAAAGGCAUUGGCUCUGAAGAGACUGUGCAAAGUCAAGGGAGUAGGAGGCUGAUCAGCUUCUCUCUCUCAGAUUUCCAGGCCAUGGGGUUGAAGAAAGGGAUGUUUUUCAACCCAGACCCCUAUCUGAAGAUUUCCAUUCAGCCUGGGAAACACAGCAUCUUUCCCGCCCUCCCUCAUCAUGGACAGGAGAGGAGAUCCACGAUCAGAGGCAACACUGUGAACCCCAUCUGGCAGGCAGAGCAUUUCAGUUUCGUGUCUUUGCCAACUGAUGUGCUGGAAAUUGAAGUGAAGGACAAGUUUGCCAAGAGCCGUCCCAUCAUCAAGCGUUUCUUGGGAAAGCUGUCAAUGCCUGUUCAGAGGCUGCUGGAGAGACACGCCAUAGGGGAUAGGGUGGUCAGCUACACACUUGGCCGCAGGCUUCCAACUGAUCAUGUGAGUGGACAGCUGCAAUUCCGAUUUGAGAUCACAUCCUCCAUCCAUGCAGAUGAUGAGGAGAUCUCUCUGAGUGCUGAGCCUGAGUCAGCAGAAAUACAGGACAGUGUCAUGACCAGUGUGGUGGAAAGCAGCAGUGGGGGACCUCCUGGAGAUGUUCCAGAAAACUCCAAGAACUUGAAGCCAGAGUUGCCAAGUGAAGCGAAUGGAGUGAACAGCUCAGGAAACCAAAACCAGGAGUAUGCCAGGCCACUUGAGGAAGCCGCAGGUACCAUGGAGGCUGGAGAUGGUGGUUCUUUCUCUGAAGAACCCGAAGGGGCUGAAGAGAUUCCAGACCCGGAGCAACGUGACACCCAGCCCACUCUGAGUGCAGAAGAAGUGGCAGAGGAACUUCCCCUGGAGGAGGAUCUGCCACCACCGCUGUUGCCAGAAGACAGUGCAGCCCCAGGUAGCCAGGUCGAAGAGGAAACAGUGCCGGAAAAUGGAGCCAGAGAGGAGAUGCAAGAGAAGGGCCCAGAUGAGGAGGAGGAGGAAGAGGAUGUUUCUGCCCUGGAGCAAAGAGAGCCUGGACUGCAGCUGAGGGCCUCGGUGAAAAAAAAAAGCAGACCAUGUUCCUUGCCUGUAUCUGAGCUUGAGACAGUGAUUGCAUCUGCCUGUGGAGACCCUGAGACCCCAAGGACACACUAUAUCCGAAUCCAUACCCUGCUGCACAGCAUGCCCUCGGCUCAGAGAGGGAGCACCACAGAGGACGAGGAUGGCUUGGAGGAGGAAACAACCCUAAAGGAGUCCUCUGAAAAAGAUGGGCUCAGCGAGGUGGACACAAUAGCUGCUGACCCGCAGACCAUGGAAGAUGGCGAGAAUGAGGGGGCUACUCUAUGCAUGGCACCCUCUGACGGCUCUGGGGGCCACGUCUCCAGUUUGUCCAAAACUAUUGGUGCUGGCCAGGAUGGUGAUGUACACCCCAGCACUGGGAGCGAGAGUGACUCCAGCCCCCAGCAAGGAGCAGACCACAGUUGCGAGGGCUGUGAUGCCUCGUGCUGCAGCCCUUCAUGCUAUAGCACAUCGUGCUACAGCAGCUCCUGCUACAGCAGCUCCUGCUACAGCAGCUCCUGCUACAAUGGCAACAACCGGUUUGCCAGCCACACACGCUUUUCCUCUGUGGACAGCGCCAAGAUCUCUGAGAGCACCGUCUUCUCUUCGCAAGAGGAUGAGGAGGAGGAAAACAGCGCAUUCGAGUCGGUCCCUGACUCAAUGCAAAGCCCAGAGCUAGAUCCCGAGUCUACAAAUGGGGCUGGGCCUUGGCAGGAUGAACUGGCUGCCCCUGCUGGGAAUGCAGCAAGAACUACUGAAGGUCUGGAGUCCCCCAUGGCAGGUCCCAGCAAUAGGAGAGAAGGUGAAUGUCCUAUACUCCAUAAUUCCCAGCCAAUAAGCCAGCUUCCUUCCUUGAGGCCUGAACAUCAUCACUACCCAACAAUCGAUGAGCCUCUUCCACCAAACUGGGAAGCUCGAAUUGACAGCCAUGGACGAGUAUUUUAUGUGGACCAUGUAAAUCGUACAACCACCUGGCAGCGACCAACAGUGGCACCUACCCCAGAUGGAAUGAUCAGGUCCGGGUCUGUCCACCAGAUGGAGCAGCUUAACAGAAGGUAUCAAAACAUUCAAAGAACCAUUGCAACAGAGAGACCUGAUGAAGAUUCUGGCAACCAAAGCUGUGAGCAAAUACCGGAUGGAGGAGGUGGAGGUGGAGGGAGUGACUCAGAAGCAGAAUCUUCCCAGUCAAGCUUAGAUCUGAGGCGAGAAGGAUCACUUUCUCCAGUCAACUCACAAAAAAUUACCUUGCUGCUACAGUCCCCAGCAGUCAAGUUCAUCACCAAUCCUGAGUUCUUCACUGUGCUGCAUGCCAACUAUAGUGCCUACCGGGUAUUUACAAGUAGCACUUGCUUGAAGCAUAUGAUCUUGAAAGUCCGAAGAGAUGCUCGCAAUUUUGAACGCUACCAGCAUAACCGGGACCUGGUGAAUUUCAUCAACAUGUUUGCAGACACAAGACUGGAACUGCCUCGGGGUUGGGAGAUCAAAACUGAUCAUCAGGGAAAGUCUUUCUUUGUGGACCACAACAGUCGAGCUACCACUUUCAUUGAUCCCCGAAUCCCUCUUCAGAAUGGCCGCCUUCCCAGUCAUCUGACCCAUCGACAGCACCUCCAAAGGCUCCGGAGUUACAGUGCUGGAGAGGCCUCAGAAGUCUCUAGAAACAGAGGAGCCUCUUUGCUGGCCAGGCCAGGACACAGCCUAAUAGCUGCUAUCCGAAGCCAACAUCAACAUGAAUCAUUGCCACUGGCAUAUAAUGACAAGAUUGUGGCAUUUCUUCGCCAGCCAAACAUUUUUGAAAUGCUACAAGAACGUCAGCCAAGCUUGGCAAGAAACCACACCCUCAGGGAGAAAAUCCAUUAUAUUCGGACAGAGGGUAAUCAUGGGCUUGAGAAAUUGUCCUGUGAUGCAGAUCUAGUCAUUUUGCUGAGUCUCUUUGAAGAAGAGAUCAUGUCCUAUGUCCCCCUCCAAUCUGCCUUCCACCCUGGGUAUAGCUUCUCUCCCCGCUGUUCACCCUGUUCCUCACCCCAGAACUCCCCAGGUUUACAGAGAGCCAGCGCAAGAGCCCCUUCACCAUACCGAAGGGAUUUUGAAGCUAAGCUACGCAAUUUCUACCGAAAACUGGAAGCCAAAGGAUUUGGUCAGGGUCCGGGUAAAAUUAAGCUCAUUAUCCGCCGGGACCACUUGCUGGAGGGGACCUUCAAUCAGGUGAUGGCAUACUCCCGGAAGGAGCUCCAGAGAAACAAGCUCUACAUCACCUUUGUUGGCGAGGAGGGCCUGGACUACAGUGGCCCUUCUCGAGAAUUCUUCUUCCUUUUGUCUCAGGAGCUCUUCAACCCUUACUAUGGACUCUUUGAGUAUUCUGCAAAUGACACGUACACAGUGCAGAUCAGCCCCAUGUCUGCGUUUGUAGAAAACUAUCUUGAAUGGUUUAGAUUUAGUGGUCGUAUCCUGGGCCUGGCUCUGAUCCAUCAGUACCUCCUGGAUGCUUUCUUCACAAGGCCCUUCUACAAAGGACUCCUGAAGCUGCCCUGUGAUUUGAGUGACCUAGAAUAUUUAGAUGAGGAAUUCCACCAAAGUUUGCAGUGGAUGAAGGACAAUAACAUCACAGAUAUUCUCGAUCUCACUUUCACUGUUAAUGAAGAAGUUUUUGGACAGGUAACAGAAAGAGAGUUGAAGUCUGGAGGUGCCAACACGCAGGUGACUGAGAAGAACAAGAAGGAGUACAUAGAGAGGAUGGUGAAGUGGCGGGUGGAGCGCGGUGUGGUGCAGCAGACCGAGGCAUUGGUGAGGGGCUUCUAUGAGGUGGUAGACUCGAGGCUCGUCUCGGUGUUUGAUGCUAGGGAACUGGAGCUGGUGAUUGCUGGUACUGCCGAAAUCGACCUGAAUGACUGGAGGAAUAACACUGAGUACCGGGGAGGUUAUCAUGACGGCCAUCUUGUGAUCCGCUGGUUCUGGGCUGCGGUGGAACGGUUCAAUAAUGAGCAGAGAUUGAGGUUACUUCAGUUUGUGACAGGAACAUCGAGUGUGCCCUAUGAAGGCUUUGCGGCUUUGCGGGGAAGCAAUGGGCUUCGGCGGUUUUGCAUAGAGAAAUGGGGGAAAAUUACAUCUCUUCCCAGGGCACACACAUGCUUCAAUCGAUUGGAUCUCCCACCAUAUCCUUCAUACUCCAUGUUGUAUGAAAAGCUGUUAACCGCAGUAGAAGAAACCAGCACCUUUGGACUGGAGUGAGGAAGUGGAACUUUGCCUGACACUGUCCUGAACAGUGACGCCACCCUUUCUGGGAUGACUUCCUCUCCCUCCUUUGACUUUGGUAUUCCAUGGUUUUUAUUUCAAAGCAAAUUAGAAUUGGCAAAAGCUGUGCAUGAAGAAUUGCCUUCUUCUAAGAUCUAAUCUUCAGGCUUAUCUCCUCUGUUUCCAAUGAACUGCUAGCCUGUAUGCAAUACUACAAAACAGCUGUCUCAAGGUCUGUGCAUACCUCCACAUACCUCCAUUCCUAACAGUGAAAUACAAGUGCAAGUUAUGCUACACUUGACGAAAUGAUAAUAAAUGUUUACUUCCAUUUCUAUCAUUUAAGGAUAAUUUGAGCUGUAAGCAUUCCAUGCUUUUAUAUGCCCACGACUUCCAAGCAGAACCACCAUUUUUCAUAAUUUCUAACAAACAUUUCCAGACCUAGGAGCUGACUAAUUUUUUCCUCUCUAUCUCUGCAUUUCCUAUGCAUUCUAUCCAUUCAAUGGACAGCCAAGGCCACACAGAUUUUUCUUCAUCCAACUCAUGAUUCAUAUGUGGCAUCAAUCCCAUCAUCCAGAACUAGCCUAGACAUAUGGUGCAAAUAAGGAACUUCCAGCAAUUAACAACAGCAAGAAAAUAAAGGUUACCAGUAAGUCCAAUAGUUAUAAGGACUGUGAACUCAACAUGAGAAAAGCAUGGUGGGGGAAGCACCCUAGUGAACACUCACCACACGAGAAGCACAAACUUGUGCACCAUGUUCAAGGAGGAAAUCUUAAUUGCUGUGGACUGAAGGAUGACCCUUUAACUCCAAUAUUGUUACACAGAAAGUGAUAAGGCAAACAGGAAAAAGAACAGGACAUAUGACAUUUACUUAAAUACAUGAAUUUUGUUUAAUCUGUUCUCACACACAUAGUCCAAAUAGAUCUCAUGGCUUUUGUUUGAAGCCAGGUUUCUUGACUUGACAGGUAAACCUUUUAGUUCUUUUUUACCUUUGAUACUUUUCUCAUUCUUUUUUCUUUCCUUGUUUUAAUCAUGGUUGUUCACAUCCUGUCACAUCUGAUGUUCACAGAAACACGUGAGGAGCUGCGGAGAGUGACGGUGCUUGUUAGGGACCAUGGGCAAUAUGAACUCCUCCUUCGUCCAUAGCAAUUGUCUGAAGACACACUGACUUGUGUCCAAAAACACCAUUUUUUUUUAGCAUUUAGUGAAAUAUCUAAGAAAAUGUGUUUUUAGGAAAACAAUUUCAGGCUCCACAAACAGCCUGACAUCUUGAUUACAUUUGAGAUAAACCUAACCAUAAUGGUCAUUUGCUAUUUUUGUAACCAUGUUAUCCAUGUUGUCUGAAAUAUGACACAAAUGAAAGUGUUUUUCUUCACUGGGAAAAAGAAAAGCUAAAGAGACUCAACUAUUUGAAUAUCCAUUGCUGUAGUCAACAAAUUAAAACAAAGGGGAACGUCUGCGAAUGUAAAGUUAACUAAAGAUGAGGCCGUGUCUCAUGGCUCAUUACACCAGUGCAUUAUGUCCUGCACUCUAAACAUUUUCUUAGUAAAAAUUAUUCACAAUGCCAAGCACUCCUUGCUCCUGUAUAUCUGUUGUCAAACAGGAAGUACACAUAGCAGAAACUUAGCUUUCCAUUGUUGUCUAAAUCGAAGUUUUACUAAAAAUGGAGUAUAAGUUGUAUGAUAGACAGCUUAGGGAUGGGUAAAAUUUGGUCCAUAUUUCAGUAUCUGAAAAACAAUGAAUUCCAAUGAAGCUGUUCUUUAUUAAUGAAAUCAGAACUAAAGGACUAAUAAAAUCACUUUCAAUAAAUAUUUAACCCUUUAAACAGCAUUCAUCGUAUACAUACACAAAAACUCGUUUAUUUAAGCAUUCAACAUUUUUAGCACUUGCCAUACGUUGAAAAGGAGGAAGUUGUUCAAAUGUAGGAAGCAGCUCCUGAGAGCCUUGCAAUUUACAAAAAUGAGACAAUCUAUAAAUUAGUUUACUAUUUAGUCUACCAACAUACAAAAGGGACAAGUUAUCUUAGAAAUUUCAUGUGAAUAAGAAACUCAGAUAAAUGUUUGGGGUUUUUUUGUUUGGUUGGUUUUUUUUUUUUUUUUGUUUUUGCUAAUUUUUAGUUAUACCUCUAACCUAAUGCCAGGCUCUACAUAAAUCCCAACAAGCAAGCAUAAUAGCAAUAGUAUUUCUAUUUUUUUAAGAUUUAUUUAUUUAUUGUCUAUACAGUGUUCUGCCUUCAUGUAUGCCUGCAUGUCAGAAGAGGACAGCAAAUCCCAUUAUAGAUGGUUGUGAGCCACCCUGUGGUUGCUGGGAAUUGAACUCAGGACCUCUGGAAGAGCAGUCAGUGCUCUUAACCUCUGAGCCAUCUUUCCAGUCUCAGCAGUAGUAUUUUUUAAUAUAAUCUUUUUAUUAAUUAUUUGAGAAUGUUUACAAUGUAUUUAAAUCAUAUUCAUCCAACACACUUCUCCCUAACUCCUUCAAAUCCACUCCUCAGCCUUCAGUCCCUUCUCAAUUUCAUGCCAUCUUUUCCUUUAUAACCCGUGGAGUCCAAUUUGUGCUGUCAAUAAACAUGUGAGGCCAUCCCCUGGAGGAUAUAGACACACCUUGCAUGUGAAAAAACAAAAAACUGACUCUCAUAGCUGGGAUGUAGUGGCACACACCUUUAAUCCCAGCACUUAGGAGGCAGAGGCAGGAAGAUCUCUGUGAGUUGGAGGCCAGCCUGGUCUACAGAGCAAGAUCCAGGACAUUCAGAGUUAUAUAGAGACUCUGUUUUGAAAAAAGAAGGAAGGAAGAAAACUGACUCUCAAAAGUCAUUAGCUGCCAAUAGCUCCUUAGCCAGGUUUGGGGGCCUUAUGAAGCCCUCUCCAAAUAGCAAUAGUAUUUUAGAAAAAUGAAAAAUGGCAUCGAUACCAGCACCAAAGUUACUGAAUGUAAGGCUUGCUUCAGAGAGCGAGCCCAACUUAUGAUUUCAGCCUUGCAGGGAGGAAGGAAAUCAAAAGGAGGAGCUGAGAAAUUAGUCAUGGAAAGACACUUUUUAAGUCAUAUGUGAGACCAAUUUUAAAAUUAUGCAUAAUUUCAAAAUAUAUACAUAUAAGCAUAUAACUAUAGGUUUAUACAUAUAACUAUAUGUUUAUACGUAUAUACACUUACACAUAAGGAAAUCACUGUAGAAAUAAUUUUUCUAUUCAUUUUAAUGGUAGAAGAUAUAAAUCACCUCAAAUCAUAUAAUUCUUUGCGUAACACAGAUCUUUUGUGACCAUAUGUAAUCUUGAACUUUUUUUCUCCAUAAAGGCAAUUGCAAAAUAAUCACAAGUCAUAACACCCCUAAAACAAGAUUUUUUUUAUAUCUAGUUUUAUGAGUAUAAUAUCCUUUAUUGGGAGACAAUAUUUAGUAACAUGAAGAUGAUAAUCUCCCCAAUAGAAAUUGAGUCUACACAAUCAGAGCUAUUCUAGAACUACUGAAUGCUCUCUGACAUCCUGUGUACAUGAGCUGAAGGACAUUGUGAUAAUUUUUACUAACAUCACUAUUAUAGCACAAAUAUUUUGAGAAAGCUAAUGAAAAAAAUGAAAUGCUAAAUGAUAUUUUGGCAAGCUUUAAUCAUGAAAGAUUUAAAUAUUUUCCUGUUAAUAAUGAAGCCACAUCAUUCAACAGUAAGAAUGUUUGUAUGGCAAGCCAGUGAGCUGAGCUUUUCAUGAAACUUCUAACAGUAUGCAAUCUCAUCGUCAGUCUAUGUACCAAGCCACAUGUCUAAGAUUUGGGUUCAGAAAAUUUCUAAGUUGCCACAAAUGUUUUCCCAGUCAAGAUGAAACACUUUCAAAUGAAAGUAGUUAGAACUUUACAUAACAAAAUGUGGUGCUUUAUUAUUAUUCUUGUUGUUGUUAUUAUUAUUACUAUUAUGUCUUUCAGUGUUCGUUAUUAAAACUACUGCAAUACUGUAUCAUAAAUGUGCAGGAUGACUAUUCCAGCUAUCACAAGGUCCAAAAGAGAAAGUAUUAUUUUCCUGUUAAUGACAUGUAGUCCCUUUGUUCUAGUAGAUAAAAGGUGCCUAGAGGUAGUAUGUAGAGUAAAUAUUGUUCCAUUAGUCUACUUUCUGCGGCUUCCAUUAUCUAAGGAAAUGUCCAUAACAAUUUUGUUUACAAGUCUUUGUUCUAGUCAAUAACAGGAGACGUCCAUACUACUGGGCUGAUUUUGCUUACAUCUACAAAAGAAAUGUCACGUGAUACUCAGGCCUCGCUUUCUCUUCCAUCAUACAUCUUCAAGGAAUGUCAAUAAACUCACUUUGGUAUGGCA